GUGGGGCCGCCAUUUUGGGCUCUGCCAAAGGGAGGUGGCGGGGAUGCCUGCGGCUCCCCGGCGCUCUCCGUCUUGUCCUUCCUGCCCCGGGCAGCCAUCACUGGAGCCCCUCAUCAGCGGGCAGGAAGGGGCUGAGCAGAAGGCUGCCCGUCAGCCUCCGAGGUGCGGGCGGUGCCACGGCAGGGGAGGAGCCGCCUCGACGGGCCGCGAGUACAACCAAUUGAUUACAUUUGGGAAUGAUGAUUUCUACAGGGACCUGUUUAAACUUAGCAUUCAUUCCUCCAUCCUAUCACACAUAUCGGGUGGCUUUCUCUGCAGCAGCGCCCACGGCCAGCUGCUGUGGCCCAGCAGCCACUCAAAGCCUUACUGUGUGCAUCUCUGCGCAGUGCGGGUCUGCAGCUCGGGACACCCCCGCGUCGAGCUACCAUUGGUGCCACAGGCGCUGCGGCACGGCUCAGGGCUCUCCGCCCCCAAGCAUAAGAAGCCAGCAGGUGCCAGGGCCCCGGCCGUGUUCCUGACCAUCGCUGAGCUGCAGCUCCGCCGUCAGCAGGGAGGACUGCACCGUGACCAUGUCUGAGCUGGAGAAGGCCAUGAUCGCCGUCAUUGAUGCCUUCCACCAGUACUCAGGGAAAGAGGGAGACAAGCACAAGCUGAAGAAAUCGGAGCUGAAGGAGCUCAUUAACAAUGAGUUGACCCAUUUCCUUGGCGAGAUCAAAGACCAGGAGACUGUGGACAAAGUCAUGGAGGCGCUGGACAGCAAUGGGGAUGCAGAGUGUGACUUCCAGGAGUUUGUAGCCUUCAUCGCCAUGGUCACCGCUGCUUGCCAUGAGUUCUUUGAGCAUGAGUGAGCCAGUGGGAAGCAGCUGAGCACCUCCCACUCAAGCUGGAGAGAUGCAGAGCAGUACCACGUCUCCUGGGGAAAGACUGGGUAUGCUUAGGGGCUCCUUGGAGUUAAGCUUGUGCUAGUCUUAAGCAGCUUAUUAAGUUCUGCAGCUUUGUGAGUAGAAACACCCAGGUGGCUCAGGAAAGCCUCUUGACCGGUGCCCACUGGGUUGGAUGCAGUGUGCAUGAAUGCCUCACCUCAAACUCACUCCCUGUUGCUGUAUGCAAGGGACAAGCAUGGAGCUGGAGGCAGGUGGCCACUGCAAUCUGGGGUUGUUUGCAAAAGGAGAAGGAAAACUCAAGACCUGAGGUGGGAGGGUAAUGCAGAGGGGCUGGUUACAGAAGCCUGUCUCUGAGCCCACUGGCCUGAAUGGAAAGGCUCCUGUUGACUUCUGUGGGCUCUGACCACCUUGCACAUGGUACUAACCCAGUCCCAUCACAGGGACUCAGCAGAGACCAUGCAGCUCUUGGCAACUUGAGACACUCCUAGUUUGAAAGGCAAAGCAUAACCAUGUAACAGACCAAGCUUUUCUCUUGCCCAUGAAUCCUCCUGCUUUUAGCAGCCUGCAGAACUGGAAGUGAAAGCACAUGAGGUUCCUGGGCUGGGGGCAGUUUCUGUGCCUGGGAUGCACCUUGGUAAGGUCUCCAGGCUCAGCCCAAGGAAAAGGGGGAAUCCAUACAACAUUAUCACCUGCAGCCUCCAGAGUGUGUGGAAACAACGAGAAUAAAAUGUUUUGUUACCUAGGCCAUAA